AUGAAGGGGACCCCCAGCUCCCUGGAAACCCUGCUGUGGGUCUACCACUUCCACAGCUCCACGGAGGUGGCCCUGCAGCCCCCGCUCCUGUCCUCCCUGGAACUCGCUGUGGCCGCAGCCCACGAGUAUCUGGAGCAGAGGUUCCGAGAGCUCGAGUCCCGCGAGCCGCGGGAGCCUCAGGGGCCGCCCGCCCCGAAGCCCACCCUGGGGCUGGUGCUGAGAGAGGCCGCGGCCAGCGUCAUGAGCUUCGGCGCCACCUUGUUCGAGAUCUCAGCCCUGUGGCUGCAGCAGGAGGUGCGGAGACUGGACGGCGGCGCCGGCAGCCCGGGCCCAGCCCCAGGCGCCGGGGACCCGGGCGGAGCGCUGGCCCGGGUAGCCCAGGCCGCGGGGCACGGGGCUCGGCGAGCGGGGGCUGCGGCGGGCGCGGGUGCCCGGCUAGUGCUGCAGGGGGCGUGGCUGUGCCUGUGCGGGCGGGGCCUGCAGGGGUCCGCCUCCCUCCUGCAGCAGUGGGGGCGUCAGCUGGGCCUCUGGACCGCCGGGGGACCGGUGAGUUCAGGA